UAGCAAUUUGGACGUUAUGUUCUUUCCUUUCUCUAAUGUGGAGAGUAAAACUCCUACAAAAUAAUGUUGGUGCGGGCUGAGCAGAGUUUCUUUUGCUGAAAAUAGAGUUAGCAGAGGUUGUGACCAGCGGAAGGAGCGGGGGCUCAUCCCUCUGCCUUUUGAAAUAAUUCAUCUGUAGGGUGCAGUGGAAUCUUCCUGGGACGGAGAAAGCCAGAGGCAGCUCACCUGACUCCCAUUCAACAAGAGAAGGAGGAGGUCUGCUUGACAAUGGCAACAGAAGAUUCUUUGUCGUCACCUGGCUUGGAUCGGGUAGCUGGUGAGAAGUUCCUGCAGGAAGCCUUCCAGAUCAUGCUUGAAGAAGGGAUUCAAAAAGGGAUGGAUGUCUCUGAAAAGGUGUGUAUUUGGAAGGAACCUGAGGAACUGCAGCAAAUUCUGGACCUGAAUCUAAAAGACAAUGGAGAGCCACAUGAAAAGUUGCUGGAACGCUGUCGGGAUGUUAUCAAAUACAGCGUGAAAACAUGUCAUCCACGCUUCUGCAAUCAGCUAUUUUCUGGGCUUGAUCCCCAUGCUCUGGCUGGACGGAUGAUCACAGAGAUGCUCAACACUAGUCAAUACACGUAUGAGAUUGCACCUGUGUUUGUCUUGAUGGAGGAGGUGGUGCUGAAGAAGCUGCGAAAGUUGGUUGGCUGGGAAAAAGGUGAUGGACUCUUCUCCCCUGGAGGGUCCAUAUCCAACAUGUAUGCCAUGAAUGUGGCACGGUAUCACCGUUUCCCAGACUGCAAGCAGAAGGGGCAUUGGGCAAUACCAAAGCUGGCAGUGUUUACGUCAGAAGAGUGCCAUUACUCCAUCCAAAAGGGAGCAGCUUUUUUGGGCAUCGGCACGGACAAUGUCUACCUUGUAGCAGUGGAUGAAAAAGGGAAAAUGAUCCCUGCUGAUCUAGAGAAAAAGAUCAACCAGGCCAAAUCAGAGAGAGCACUCCCCUUCUUUGUCAAUGCCACCUGUGGCACCACUGUCCUGGGAGCUUUUGACCCCCUGCCUGAAAUUGCAGAGGUGUGCACAAGACACAAACUCUGGUUCCAUGUGGAUGCAGCCUGGGGCGGCAGUGCUCUCUUCUCCCAAAGACACCGGCAUCUUCUGGAUGGGAUUGAAAGGGCUGAUUCAGUGGCUUGGAAUCCCCACAAAAUGCUUAUGACUGGGCUUCAGUGUUCUGCCUUCCUGGUCCGGGAUAACUCUGGACUAUUACAGAGAUGCCACUGUGCCCAAGCUACCUACCUCUUCCAGACGGACAAGUUCUACAACAUAGCUUAUGACAGGGGAGACCAAACCAUCCAGUGUGGACGCAAAGUGGAUUGCUUUAAGUUGUGGUUGAUGUGGAAGGCCAACGGCAGCAAAGGCUUGGAGCAGAGAGUGGAUAGGGCCUUUGCUUACACUAGGUAUCUAGCUGAUGAAAUUAAGAAGAGAGAAGGCUUUCAGCUAGUGAUAGAGCCAGAGUUCAUCAAUCUCUGUUUUUGGUAUGUUCCUCCCAGUCUGCGAGGGCAGGAAGGCUGCACUGAUUACUGGGUGAAACUGGAGAAGGUAGCUCCACUGAUUAAGGAGCAGAUGAUGAAGAAAGGUUCCAUGUUGGUGGGCUAUCAGCCACAUGGCAAAAAGGUGAACUUUUUCCGCCAGGUGGUCACCAAUCCAGCAGUCACCAGAAAUGACCUGGAUUUCUUCCUUGAUGAAAUUGAGAGGCUUGGCAGAGAUCUAUAGAUUGUGUACAAUGCAGAUUGGAAGAGUUAUAUAUAUGGUUCAAAAGCAGACAUCACCUUACUUCCAAUCACCGCGCACCAGUCUUGAAAUGGCUUGGAAGCUACACUUCUCCAACCAUGCACAGGGACCCAUGAGCAGAUCCAACUGGCGCAUGGUCUUUUUGCUGCUAUUAAAACAUUUUACAAACAUGUUGUGAAGAUGUAACAGUAACGUAUGCACCCCACCACUUUUUUCUCACCUAUUUCUGUAAUUAUGGGUGUGUUCCAAAAUUAGAGCAAACACCUGCUUUAAUUUCUUCACUGCCUUCUGCAAAAAAACAAGGAAAGUUUAGGACUUUCAAACAUGAGCUCUAAAAUCCAACAGCCACUAAGUAGCACCAAAUAGAUACAGACAAUUCAACCUCUUUGCUGCUAGCUAGUAGCUUGGAGUUUUGCAGUUCGGAAAGUGUAGCCCUUGAGAAAUUGUAACUUUCUAGUGAUUAUAUAUUCUGGCUUCAUCUGUCUGAAUCAUCUGUUUUUCCAUAGGUUUCUGAUACACCUUUCUGUACCCCUUUUCUUCUUGAAGAGCAGCAGCUGGAGAAAAAUAAUGCUGUUUUAAGGGUUUAGCAGAGCAAGAGCAUCUCUGCUUCUCAAGCUCUGCUUUGAUUAUAUGUUGCUGGAUCUUAAGGACUCAGUCUCCAUGAGGAUUUGCUCUAACCUGGUCUGAGGUUUCCCAAUGGUAUAUCCCCCAAUUUCUACUUGAUGCUUCAUUGUGAAUCGGGGCUGUUCUGGGGGGGACGAUUGAAGAAUAUUGGGAGUAUAUGCCAAGAGUAUACAGUACUGUGCACAAGUUUUAGGCAGGUGUGAAAAAAUGCUGUAAGCAAAGAAUGCUUUCAGAAAUAUAAAUAAUGAUUGUUUAUUUUUGUCAAGUUUCAAAAUGCAGAGUGAACAAAAGAAAAAUCUAAAUCAAAUCAAUAUUUGGUGUUACUACCUUUUGCCUUCAAACCAGCAUCAAUUCUCAUCGGUACACUUGCACAAAGUCAGGGAUUUUGUAGGAUUAGUCAGGUGUAUGAUCAACCAAUUAUACCAAACAGGUACUAAUGAUCAUCACUCUUAUAUUUGUAACAAGAAAAUGGAUAGUUCUUUUUUUGCAAACUAACUUUUACUUUUCAAGUAAGAUUUAAUUAAAAUCUAAUCCACAUUCUCCCCCCUCUCUCUCUCCCCCACCCCUGGUUUGGGCAAGUACUGACUCCUUAAAAAGUCCCUAUAGUUUUGGGGCAAGAAUUUUCAAAGUUGUUUGCCAUUGCCUUCUUGGGGCUGAAAGGGAGUGACUGGCUUAAAACAAUGUAUCUGACUUUGUGCCUAAGGUGUGAUUAGAACUCACAGACUCCUGGGUUAUAGUUUUACUUGUUUAACCUACUAAAGUUAUUUGUAUUUUUAAUGGAAGAAAAGAUGAAAACAAAGUAAAGCUUAAGUGUUACAGAGAUUGAAUUUAUGUACUGUAUGCACAUUUUAUUUACCUUCCUAUGUAUUUAAAUGUACUGCUUUUAUAAAACUCCAUCACUUUAUACAUAGCAGCAUUAGAAAUAGUAAAGUUUCUGCCUCCAAACAGCAUUACAUCGUUUAUAUUUUUAAAAACAUUAUUUUGGUCGAGAUAUUAAAUGAUCCUUUUUAUUUUUAAAAAGUAUAAAAACAAACAUAGGAGAAACGUGUACCUAGAAUUUAUAGAAGCAAAGACAACAAACAGGAAAGAAGCCCUACAGCCAAUAUAAUGUAAGCAAUGAAUCAUUAAAGUGAAUUUUAAAAUA